AUGGAAAAAUUACUUCACGCUAGUAAAGAUCAAAUCAAUGCCGUCAGUGAAUUCACGUUGAACAUGUUGAAGAAAAAGAUACCUUUAUCACCGCCCACCGUUGCCAAACUCAAGAAAUAUAGAGUAAUGUUGAGAGAGUUGGGUAAACGGAGGAACUCUUUAAGAAAGCGGCGUCAAUUACUUGUGAAUCAAACAGGCGGUAGCUUUUGGAGUGGUAUGAACGACGCGUUCUGUCAGUGUUUUAAGAGAUCAUGACUGUCACCGUGCAAGAGGGUAUAAACGAAGUGGACACGGGUAUAAAGUUUGAUUUGCAAUUCAACUACGACGACGACGACAGUGACUAUAAGGAUUCAACCGAGUGUAGACUCACAAUAACUCAACUGUUUCGGUGGUUGCGUAUGCGUGUGGUGGAGCCCUUGUGGCGAUUAUGGAGACGUUCUUAAUGGUGAAACCCGAUGAGUUUCGAGCUUUGGUAGAUUAUUACAAGGGAAAAAUUACUGAAAGUACUCUUCUGGACAAAGCCGCACGCGUGGCCGCUGAAGCAAAACUGUUAUUAGAAGAUACAUCUACUCCUGCUGCUUUAAAAGAACCUGUGGUAAAAGAAUUGUUAAUGCAAGAACGCAAGCUUACUGACAAAUUGAGACAGAUUCCUAUCGCCGGUGGUGUAGAACCUCCACCUCGAGACGAUGAUGGUAAUCUCAUGGAGGGGUUGCAAGAGGGAUUGUUAAAAGAACUCAUUAAAUCCAUAAAUAUGAGGGGACAAGCCGCCGUACCUGAGAUGACACUCAAGAGGGAACCUGUCACACCUGUGGGGAUCAAGAACGAACCCGUCACCCCUGCGAAACCGGGAACGUCUAAGAUUCCUUUUCUCACAGCUCCAUCCCAAAAGAUACAAAAAACGAAACGAAAACUUCCUGUUCCCACACCGCAAAAGCAUCGCACGGAGUUGGAACGACUCAAAGAAUUUGGUAACUGGGAACCUUGGGAAAGAGAGAGGUUACGACCCAUAUCAAGUGUUUGA